ACGUCUCUAGGCAACAAUGUGUUGACACACAAUCAGUACAGACAGGUCCAACGAUGAGAGGUUAAAUUAACAUCAACAUGUACAAGAGCUACCAGCCCUUUAAUCCUGAAGCCAGCAGUUACCAGCAGAGAUGGGACGCAAGAUGCUAUUCAAUACACCUCGACAGGGUGAAAUUUGCCCUCCCUGUGGUGGACAGCGGGAGAGGGCUUCCAUCAGCAAAUGCCCAGAAUAAAAGAAAGAAAUUGCAGGAUAGACGAAUGUCUGCUGCUAGGAGAGACAAUCGUCUUUGGGCUUCCAGGAUGAAAGACAAUCAUCUUUUGGCUGCCAGGAUGAAAAACAAUCGUCUUUUUGCUGCCAGGAUGAAAGAAAAUCGUCUGUUGGCUGCCAGAAUGGCUAACAUCAAAAGCACAGUGGACCACAGGAAUGAAAACAGAUGUAGAAGUAUGCUCAGAUCGAAUGCCGGCAAAAGAAAGCAGGAUCUUGUGGUUAUCAGUGAGGAAAAUCAGGCGCUGUACCAACGACUCUUAUCCCGAAAGUCUGUGUACUCCCGAGACAGUAUGUUGGGUGACUGGAUAAAGACGGAGUAUUUAAUGGCACACUUGGCCCGGUACCCCAGGGAACAAGCAGCUAAACAGAGACUGGAAAGGAAAGAGAAGAAGGUGACCUUUGACAAACAAGAUCAGGGCAAGGCAACCACUGGCAGAAGCAAAGAAAUUCCUAGAGACCAAUCGAUUGCUGGCAAAAGGAAGCAGGAUCUUGUGGCUAUCGGUGGGAAAAAUCAGGCCGUUCAUCCAGGAUUUGUACCCCGCAAGUCUGUGUACUCCCGAGAGCGUUUCUUGGCCGAAUGGAAGAAGAUGGAGCCCUUGCGACAACACUUGGCCCGGUUCCCCAGGGAACAAACACCUAAACAGAGACUGGAAAGGAAAGAGAGGAAGAUGAGCUUUGACAAACAAGAUCAGUCUUCAAGCAAGGCAACCACUGGCAGAAGCAAAGAAAUUCCUAGAGACCAUUUGAGUACUGGCAAAAAGAAGCAGGAUCUUGUUAUCGGUGGGAAAAAUCAGGGCAUGUACCAACGACGCUUAGCUGUCCAGUCUUCGUACUCCCGAGAGCGUUUCUUGACUGAAUGGAUGAAGAUGGAGCCCUUGCGACAACACAUGACCCGGUUCCCAAAGAAACAAGCACCUAAACAGCCCAUUUACCAAAAACGCUUACCCCACAAGUCUGAGUUCGCCCGAGAGCACUGGUUAAAAGAAUGGAAAAAGAUGGUGGCCGUGCGAAACCACUUGGACCGGUACCCCAGGCAACCAGCAACUAAACAGAAACCGCAAAGGAAAGAGAAGAUGGUGACUGUUGACAAACAAGAUCAGCCUUCAAGCAAGGCAACCACUGGCAGAAGCAAAAAACUUCCUGGAUCCAAGUAAAGCUCACAACUUGCAUGGAGAUGUUUUGCAAAUUCUGUUUUGACAUUUUAAACACACAACAUGCUGCCACUAGGCCUGAUGGUCGAGAACCCUUAAGUGACCUACAUCAUCUACAUCACAUCACAUGCAGCACGCUGUGUUUUAUGGAAGCAAAUAAGACAACACAUAAUAUUUUUUAUUCAUCAUAACUUAUCAUAAGGAAUAUAAAAU